GACUAUGUCGCGCUCAGCUACGUCUGGGGCCUAGUUACGCAGCCCAACAUCAGGCCGAACUCGCCGCUGCCCCCGCUCCCGAGGACGGUCGAAGAUGCUAUGGUGGUGGUCGGAAAGCUCGGGAAGCGAUACCUGUGGGUCGACGCGAUAUGCAUAGACCAGGAUGACGCCAGGAGCAAGAAGCUGCAAAUCACCAUCAUGGACCGGAUUUACAGCAGUGCGUGGGCGACCAUCUUCAAUCUCUCGGGCGCUUCUGCCGACGCCGGCCUCCCUCGCGUCGGUGGGGACGCGAGCCGGGUCCGGCAGAUGCACGUAGAGACCCCCCACGGUGAGGCUUUCCUAUCGACACUCCCUGCUCUCCCUGCGUAUGCCAAACAAUCACCGUGGACGACGCGCGCCUGGGUGUUGCAGGAGGCCGUCCUCUCCCGCCGACGUCUGUUCUUCACGCACUCGCAGGUCUAUUACGAGUGCGCCCGCGGCCAGCGGUCAGAG